GCUGUUGAUUUUCUCAAUGUUCUGACUGGGUUUGGGACAAUGGGUGGAGCAAAUCCUACCUUCUGCAGUCCUCAUUGGUGGAUUAGAGUAGCCUGUAGCUUUUUAGCAAAUUUUUGUCUUGAGAUCGAGCAUAAUCCAUGCUGGAAUUACUGCCCUGUGAAUUCCAAGCUCAGGGCAAAAGCAGGGUAAAGGUAGAUACAAAAUAGAAGCAAAGAAGUAAAAUCUGAAAGGAGCUGCAAAUGGGUGGGGGGGUUGGUAUUUUCUUUAAAAAAGAAGUACCUGAAAAUUUACUACUAUGCACUGAAAAAUAAAUUGUUUGGUUUAGUAAUUUUUCAGCAGAAAAGAAACUGUGUUUGAGACUUUGAGACUAUCAAACAGGAGGAAAAACAGCAGCUCAAAACAUAUCUCGCCUGGUUUAUGAAAACAGAAAUAACACCACUAGAUGAUGGAAGAAAAAAACUUUAUAAAAUAUGGGAAUAAGGAUACAACACAUCUACAACUGUGAGUCUGAAUUUAAAAAAAAAAACUUAAAAAGAUCGCUAUGCUCCAACUUGCAAACCUCUGUGUGUUGUGGUGUGAUAAUAAUUCAGAUGUGCUGGUGAGCCCUACAUAAACUGAAUGUCUUUUUGAUCGAAAAAGCUCUUCAAAAUAACAGACUGAAGAAUAAAUAAACCAAGAAAGAUAUUUUAGAUGACUAUGGGGAUAGGAGCUGAAGUUGUGAGAGAUCUCUGGGGGGAAUCCACGCACAGGUGAAGGAAAACGUGGUAUGAAUAUAUCUGAGGAACCAGAGAAGAAUCUGAAGGCAAAGAAAGCCACCAGAAGGAGUAUGGCAGUGAUGAAGGAGAUUCUCCGAUCCAGAAAUCUCUUGCUCGUUGUUCUCAUUCCACUUCUGCUGCUUCCUCUGCCGCUCAUAUACCCCAGCAGUGAAGCCUCAUGUGCCUACGUGCUCAUCGUGACAGCUGUGUACUGGGUGUCUGAAGCAGUGCCUCUUGGGGCAGCAGCCUUGGUUCCUGCUUUUCUGUACCCUCUCUUUGGGGUCAUGAAGUCCAGCGAGGUGGCUGCUGAAUAUUUCAAGAACACAACUUUGCUCCUCAUGGGUGUGAUUUGUGUGGCAGCUUCUGUAGAAAAAUGGAAUCUCCACAAGCGAAUUGCCCUGCGCAUGGUGAUGAUGGCUGGAGCCAAGCCAGGCAUGUUGCUCCUUUGCUUUAUGUGCUGCACCACGGUGCUCUCCAUGUGGCUUUCCAACACCUCCACCACAGCUAUGGUGAUGCCAAUUGUGGAAGCAGUGCUGCAGGAGCUGGUGAAUGCUGAGGAGGAGUGCGAGGUCAUCACCACUGCAGGCAGCAUUGCCGAAGAAAACAAGCCAAUAGGUCUCGGUGAAAAGCAUGGCCAACCUUCACUGGAGCUUAUCUUCAUCAGUGAGGAUGCUACUACUACUGACUUCAGCUCCUUGAUGCACUCAAAGAGUGUGAACGGUGUGCACAUGAUAGCCAACCCCAUCAGAACAAUGAAUUCUACAAGCAAUGGGCAGCACCUACCUCAGGCACAGAUCCUGGUCCUGCCCCCUGAGCCCUCGGAUCUCAGACUGAGCAGCAAGUACCGGUACCAGACCAGGCAUGACCACAUGGUCUGCAAAUGCCUCUCACUGAGCAUCUCCUACGCAGCAACCAUCGGGGGGCUGAGCACCAUCAUAGGCACCUCCACCAGCCUCAUAUUCCUUGAGCACUUCAACAACCAGUACCCAAAAGCUGAAGUGGUGAAUUUUGGAACCUGGUUUCUGUUCAGUUUCCCCAUCUCCCUCAUCAUGUUGGUGCUGACUUGGUUCUGGCUGCACUGGCUGUUCUUGGGCUGCAAUUUUAAAGAGACUUGUUCUGUGAGCAAGAAGAGGAAGACCAAACGGGAAGAAAUGUCAGAGAAAAGAAUUCAAGAGGAAUAUAAGAAGCUGGGAAAUGUUAGCUAUCCCGAGAUGGUGACUGGAUUCUUCUUCAUCCUAAUGACCUUGCUUUGGUUCACUCGUGAGCCUGGCUUUGUACCAGGAUGGUCAUCUUUUUUUGAGAAGAAAGGUUACCGGACUGAUGCCACUGUCUCUGUAUUUCUUGGGUUUCUCCUUUUCCUGAUUCCAGCAAAAAAGCCGUGUUUUGGAAAAAGGAGAAAAGGAGAUGGUGAAAAGUCAACGGAUAUUAACACACUGGAGCCCAUCAUUACCUGGAAGGACUUUCAGAAGACCAUGCCCUGGGAGAUUGUAGUGUUGGUUGGAGGAGGUUAUGCCUUAGCAGCUGGAUGCAAGACCUCUGGCCUCUCUACAUGGAUUGGACGUCAAAUGCUCUCCCUGAGCAGCCUUCCCUACUGGGCUGUAACUCUGCUGGCUUGCAUUUUGGUGUCCAUGGUAACAGAAUUUGUUAGUAAUCCAGCAACAAUAACCAUCUUUCUGCCUAUUUUAUGCAGCAUGUCAGAAACCCUGCUUAUCAACCCUUUAUACACCCUGAUUCCUGUGACCAUGUGCAUCUCAUUUGCUGUGAUGCUGCCCGUGGGUAACCCUCCAAAUGCCAUUGUCUUCAGUUAUGGGCACUGCCAGAUCAAAGAUAUGGUGAAAGCUGGCCUGGGUGUAAAUCUGAUUGGCCUGGCUGUUGUCAUGGUGGCCAUCAACACGUGGGGAAUUAGGCUCUUCCAGCUGAACAUCUUUCCAGAAUGGGCAGCAGUCAGCAACAUCACAAGCCAAACAUAAUCUUCAAUGAAAAAAAGAGCAAAAGUGCAAGACCAAAGCAAGUUGGGACAAAAUAUUGAACCUACAUUUCACAUAUGAAAGAAGAAACUUGUGUAUACAUAGAAUCAGGAUCCAUUGCAAAACCACCAAGAAAAUGCACUGGGAGGUCUUCUGCAAGAGCUUUUCAGUUCUGAAAAUCAGUGUGAGUAAAAAGGAGAGAUUAGCUUUGCUCUAUUGUUGCUUUCUCUGGGAUACCAUAACUCAGAAAAAAAAUCCACUCCUCCAAAUUAUCUGCCUAUAGUUUUUUCAUGCCUUAGAGUAGUUAUGUAGGACUUGUAUGUAGUAUUCCAGUGGCAGAAGACAAGCACACAUACACUGGUGUACUCAGCAGUAGCAGAUUCAGUCCUACCAUUGACUUCUACACUGAAUGUAUGGUGAGCCUUUUUCCCAAAUCCAGAGGUGUCGCUACUCGCGAUGUAUCGCGCAAAAUAACGACACGGACUCCUCUAGCUAGGUGGCUAAAGAAGCGGUUUAUUGAACGGCCGGACCACAUUCUUAUAGUGUGGUCCGCAAACUACAAACAGAACAGCAGUCUAUUGGAUAAUUGAUGAAAACAAAACUUUCUCACAAACCGUGAGAACUGUUUAUCUGUGAAGCCCAGGUGUUAGUCUUGUUAUUAAUUCCUUUUUAUUUUUCCCCAGUGUUAUCAUCCUGGGAAAGGCUCAGGCUGGAACUGAGAAACUGUCUCAGCCUGGGAAAGCUUCCCCUGCAUGAGAGAGAAACUGUCUCAGCCUGGGAAAGCUUCCCCUGCAUGAGAAAAGUUCCAAGCCCUCGCAAUUUUCAGUCUGAGGCUUCAAUGGCGUCCACACAGAGGAGUCUUAUAAGCCUACUUCUUUUGAAGGCAAAUUCUUCUCUUUUUUUGAGAUGACUUAUCAUUGCUUUGCAAAAACCACUUUUUCACCUAACUCAUAUGACCUGGACAGAAAUCCAGCUACCAACUACCAGCCACAGCACUUCAAAGGGAUAAUAGAAACCUCCACAUAGGAAGGAGAAAUCUCCUUGGAAGGAGAAUAUGUUUUGUUUUUGUUUUUUUUUUUCACACAGCACUAGUAAAAUUUCCAAUACUGCAGUCUUGGCUUUGGAAGGAAGAGUUUCAGGAACAGAAAGUUUUGUUCAAGACCUUCUUUAUCAUUACUGCAGUGGGAAUUCUUUCAGCAGGGGAAUCUGUGACCAGCAAAACCUAACCAGGCCAACACCCCCUAUCACUCCCCUGUCUCUUUGGCUGCCGUUUAGUCAUGCCCUUAUGAUUCCCCAGACAAAAAUGUAUCAUCCCUGAUGGCACUCAGUGCUGCUCCAUGAGUAAGAAGGGAGAGGGCUGAAGUGGAGUGGUGCUGGUGUAGCUCCCCAUCCUGUGUAUUCACUUGAACAUCACACCCCCUGCUCUCUAGCAGCCCAGAGAGCAGGAACUUCAAAUGUAGGAAAAUGUGGCAUAGAGUAAAUAGCUACCAAGCCAAAAGGCCAAUCUCUUUAUCUCUCAUCAACAAAGUGAAUGCUCUGCUUUUCUCACUGGAACCCUGUGACACUCAUAAAAUCUUCUCAUGCAUUAUGUCCAGUUUUUUGAUAAUUUCUUUAAUGUCAAUACAUUUAAGCUUUAUAUUAGGAAGAUUGAAUCUCAUGUAAUCACACAUACACUUUAAUGAAUUGUUGUGCUUUCCACUUUUAAUCUAGGCUCUCUAGCUGAUAAUGUGAAUGUCUAUUCUGCAAAAAUAAAAUGUCAAUAAAAUAAAUUAUUCACUACUGCACAUUCUGAUGCUCCAUGAGAAUACAAAUUUGAUAUACUUUGCCCAUAACCUACCAAACCCUUAGAGAAGUAGAGGUGAGACAGCAGGAGGUCUUGGUUUACUGCUUCUGUCAAAACAGAGGGAUCCCACUCAUCUUGGAAAUAAACAGGUACAAUAAAAGGUCUUAGGCUGGCAGAGAGGAGAAAUAUGGGGAAAAAACCCAAAAGCAUUGUCUUAGCCCUUGUUCCAAAAGCAGGAAGCAACGUCCUUUAGCAAAACAACUGCUAUUCUUGGUAGUUCUUGUAAAUUUAAUUUUGAAUACCAAAGUGUUUCUGUGCAUCAGUCACCUGAAGCAACCCAAUGACCCCUGAUGCAUAAAACAAAACCUCAGCCUCAGCCUUUUAACUCUUCUCCCAUCUCACCUGUUCCUGUGUUCCCCCCACCCUGAGCCUGCUGCUCCGCUGCACUCCAGCACACAAAGCUCUGGGCAGCCUCUGCCCUGCAGAUCCUCCACACCCUUUCUGCUCCCCUCUCUGGGUGUUUCCCUGCUCCUUGGCAGAAGGCUGCUGCUGAACACAGACCCCAAAAUGGUGCUCAAAGCAGAGGCACUCUGGCCUCCCCUGACACGAGCUCCAUCCUGAAGCCCCAGGAGCAGGAGAGGAAGAGGCUGCCAAGCCUGUUCACCAAGAGGGACAACUUCCUCCAGGAUAAGCACUACAGUUGGUGGAGCUGUCUGCAAUACCAGUAGUUUUGUCCCUAUACACAGCAAGCAGAACAUCUCUUUGGUCACAGUGCCUAAAAUUACCUUUGACCAUCCUCCCCCUGCCAAGAAACACCUUCUGGUUUGCUUUCUUCCCAGAGCUCUAGCUGCUCCGCACCUUUUACUUGCACUCAUCUUCUGAUCCCUUUCACUUCAUGCUUCAUCUACCAGCAGCUUCCAAUUGCUUUGCUGCUCAGCAACAAAUCACUCUCUGCCCUCCUAAUACUGAUUUCUCAGCU